AUGGCAGAGAUGGCCGAAUUUACCUCGAUCGUUCGUCGAGCCCGCGAGAACUUGCAGUACAUCGGCGAUCAAGUGACCAAGGGAAUGAAAGAGAUCAAGGAAGACGUCGGAGAAGAGCUGCGGGUUACCGACCGAUUGACGACGCAGAGUACGAGGCUGGCCGCGGUGCUAAGUAGAUUUGCGACGCUCGAGGAAAACGUGAUCGAAUUGGUGCGUAUGGAUCGAAAUCGCGAGAACGUCAUGAUAGAGACGCCCGUGGACGUGAACGAAGAGAUCAGAAAAAUUGUCGCAGCAGUCGAGAGCAAGAAAAACGAAAGCCAGGAACAGCAUCGUGCGCAGCCAACAGAUGGGGUUGGUCCAGCAGCAAUUGAUGUCCAUCGUCGCUCUAUUGGAGACUCUGCUCAUCGGAAUCCUGUGUCGAAAUUUUCGGCUUGCGGUCCACGGGAAAUCGCUUUUGCCGCGAAAAAAACGAUCAACGAUCGAGCUCGAACCCCGAUUACACCGGAAGUACGGCUCCUCGGAGAGCUGGAUCGACCAGUCAGUGCACGAGACAAUUCGAAACCCGAAUAGUAGUUACCGUUAACGUGUCAUCUCAACAAAAUUUCCAUGAAAAAGUCAGGGGAACACCCGUCACUUUCCUUGCUGAUUAACGGUUGUCGUUGUGUUGUCUUGAGUUGAAAAAUCGUGGACCAGUGAGAUUGAUAGCAUUGAAUCUAUUCUACUUAAUUUACUUGU